CUCAAGGAAGUAUAUACUUCCUCUAUUUAACUAUUUAGGAGUGUUUUCAAUAUCGCUUUGUAGGUAGCUAGACUUUUCUAGUAAUUGAUCAUACCUUUGCUGCAAGACUUCGUAAUUAUCACCCAUGGCGGACAAUCUAGAACCCCGGCAGGAUCCCGGUCUGCCGGUACCGAACCCUUGCGUAUCAUUUUGGCAGCAAACCACACGAUCUUUCCCAUAUCUGAACGUUAACAAAGACGAGCCGGUCCCGACAGAGUCAAAAUAUGUCAUCAUCGGCUCCGGUAUCUCCGGCGGCUUAACCACUUACGAGUUGAUCCAGGGAGGUGUCUCGGCUUCGGAUAUAAUCAUCCUUGAGGCAAGAGAAGCAGCCAGCGGAGCGAGCUCAAGGAAUGCGGGACACGUGAGACCGGACGCCUUCCGCGGCUUCCAAGUAUACAAACAACUGCACGGAAAAGAACAAGCACUAAAGAUAAUCGCCAACGAAAAGCUCGUCUUCGAGCGGGUAAAGGAGUUCACGGAGAAGCACAACGUGCAGUGCGACUUCAACCCAACAACGACCUUCGACGUAUGCAUGACAUCGGAGUUCGCCGACUUCAACGCGCGAAGCUUCAAACAGUACCAAGACGCGGGCGGCGACGUAUCGCACAUCAAAUUCUACUCCGGCGAGGAAGCGCGGCGAGUAACCCGGGUCUCCCAAGCCGUCGCGGCGUACGAAUGGCCCGCCGGAUCAAGCCACCCGGCGAAGCUAGCACAAUGGCUGCUCACGCAGUGCAUAGCCCAAGGCGUCAAGCUAUACACGCACUGUCCCGCGCUCUCCGUAACCAAAUCCGGGACCUCACCCGCCGACAGCGUAGUCUGGGAGAUCUCCACGCCCCGCGGCACAACAAAAGCCACAACGGUAAUCCACUGCACCAACGCCUUCGCCCCGUAUCUCCUCCCGCAACUCACAACCUUCAUAACCCCCAACCGCGCGCAAGCCCACGCCUUCGUGCCUCCCCCCUCCCUCAGCGCCGCCAACAUCCUGCCCAGCACAAUGUCCCUCCGACACACUCUCAAGCACUUCUACUCCGUGGCCCAGCGACGACCGGACGGGAUCAUAAUCCUGGGCGCGCCGAUCGCGAAUCCGAAACUAAGCCCUGACGCCGCGUUAGCGCGGCUGACGACGAACGACGGGGUGUACAAUGAGGAGGUGCGGAAGGAUUGUGUGGAGAAUUUUGAGACGACGUUUGAGGAGGCGGAGAAGGGCAGGUUGAGACACGGGGAGGGACUGCUGCAUACGUGGACUGGGAUCGUGGGGAUGACGACGGACUCGGUGCCGUUUGUGGGAAGGGUGGAGGGGGCGGAGGGACAGUGGGUGUGUGCUGGGUUUAAUGGGCAUGGUAUGGCGAGGAUAUUCACGUGUGCGCCCGGAGUCGCGAAGCUCAUCCUCGGGGGGUCCUGGGCGGAUACCGGGCUUCCGGAGUGUUUUGAGAUAACCCAGGAACGCUUGGAGAAACUCCAAAAAGGGGUUUCUGGAUCUGUGUUCUAGUUAAGAGUACCUAUUAACCAAUAAUUUUUAGAUAUCAUUGAUCA